AUGCAUAAUAUAAGUCAUAUUGUUAUCAUUAUUUUGCUUCUAUUAACAAUUACGGCAUAUAGUCGUUUUUCGCCUUCAAAAGACAAAGGACAUUCUGGUCGAGCAUUAUAUGCAGGCCGUUGGGGACGUUGGUGUACAGAAGAUUUCGAAUGUGGUCAUGGUUUCUGUCAAGCUUACAUAUGUCAAUGCUAUCGUGGAUACAUAACAUGGAGUUUUAUGGACGUUUGCAAGUAUGAACAACGAACUAAAAUAACAGCUUUUCUUGUUUCCUUUUUUAUUGGUACAUUUGGUGUCGAUUGGUUUGUUUUAUCAAGAGGUCAAGCUGGAUACAUUAUUGCUGGUAUUAUUAAAAUGAUCAUUUCUUUUGGAUGUAUUUUUGGAUGGCCUGCAAUUAUUGUUGGUGUAUCAAAAAAAAAGGCUAAUAUUAUUUUGUUAGCUCAAGCGAUUAAUGUUACUCUUAAUGUUACAUCAUUUAUAUGGUGGUUAACGGAUUGGAUUAGAAUUUUAGCAGAUGUGUUUUAUGAUGGACACGGAGCACCACUACAAUCAUGGAGAUAUAACUAUGAUGAUAGAAUUUCAUAUAGUGUAUAA